ACUCAGUCGAGUGUCCUUACUUGGAGCUGGCAGAUGCUCGCCCCACAAGGGGUCACAGUAGAAUUCACAUUCUUGUUUACCAGCAAGUCAGGUUAGUGGAAUACCCCUUCAUCCUGCCAUAAUUGCCAUUGCAAUAUUUGAACAUUGGCCUGAUCAUAUACAGUAACUGAUAAAUCUGAAGGACAAUGUCGCAUGAUGGCUGGUGCCAAUGGGGCUACACAUUUUGUGGCCAAAGAGUAAAAACUGCAAGAUAAGAUAUAAGAGAUACUUGUACAGCAAGAUAUAAGAGAUACUUGUACAGCCUUUGAUAAUGAAUGGACAAAUUGUGUGCAGUACAAGCCUCUUUACUUGGGCACUCCAGAACCUACAACUCUUUAUGUGUGAAAAUCACGCUUGAGUUGAUUGAGGACAUAGUGUAGAAGAAGACUCAGUACUGUGGUCCUUGAGCCACGCUACUUCAGGAAGUUAGACACCAUGCCUUAUAUUGAUGUGAUGAUGUCACGUUUACUUAAAGUGCUGGAGAAAACUAACAAUAUUCGUAAACUGGUGGCCUUACAUGAGCCACCUCAUACCACAGAGGAAGCUUUUUCAUUCCUUUGGGGUCUGGAAGAAGCCCACCAGGUUUUAACAACAGUCUUUCAUUCAUCUGGCAAGUCUGAAAAUCAUGCCGCUGCUUACCGUGGACAAGGUGACAUAGCUUACAUGCAGCACCACUUGGAUGAGGCUCUAAAGUUUUACAAUUUGGCAAUUUCAUCAGCACCACACCCAGGUGCUGAGGGAAGAACUCCAGCUCAUGGUAGUGACACUGAAGAAAAUGUCAACAGCUUUAGUUCAGGAGAAUAUAAGGAGUUGGCUCAGGCCUAUGAGGCACGAUCAGUAGUCUUGUAUGCCAUGAAGCAGUAUGGCAAGUGUUCAAAUGAUGUUGAUCUGGCAUUUCAUUUUGGAUGUUCACGACCUUCUUUCAAGAAAUUGUUAGACAUGAAGACCAAGUGUCAAAAAUUUACAUCAGCUGGUAAACAAGGGACAGCUAAGGCUUUUUUAGACUCCAAUGAAUUAUCUUUUGCUUAUGAAACUCCAAAGCCACCAACACUAGCCAAGCCAAACCCAGCCAUGCCAUCACUAAGCAGUGCUGUUGAACUGGCCUUCACACAGUGCCAGGGACGGCACCUCCUUGCUAAACAUGACAUUAAUCCAGGUGAGGUAGUGGCUGUAGAUGAAGGUUACCUCAGUUUAGUGAUCCCUGACCAGUGUAAGAGUUAUUGUACUGUCUGCCUGACAAGGUGCCUGGCUCCACUCCCCUGCCCAAGUUGUAAUCUGGUGAUAUUUUGUAGUGAGGAAUGCCGAACACAAGGAUUAUCGGGAUAUCACUGGCAAGAGUGCCCUGUCCUGCCAAUCUUGACUUCCAAUCAAUCAGAGAUUGGGAUAACAUUUAAAGUCUUAUACAGACUGAUGAUAAAGACCUCUCAUGCCAAGGUGAAGGAGAUGAUACCACUGCUGCAGUGUGAAGCCAAAGAUAAGUCACCUGAAACUCUUGGCUUCCACAAGGAAGGAAUCUAUGAUGUUGGUGACUACAGAUCUGUGUACCACUUCGUGAAAAAAAAAAAAAAGCAGGAUGUAAUGGAUAUUAUUGAACAUUAUAUAUUUGCUUUCAUUAUAACUAAGUGUCUACAACAGAGUGGGCGCUACUUCAUCAAUGACAACGGUGAAACAUUCACUCCCAGCCAUGAAGACCUCAUCUUGACUGGAAGCACAGUGAGCCAUCACUUGAACUGUAAAUUGAAUAAUUGGGACAUUAAUAUAUCAAAGAUUAACCUGGAUAACUGUGAAGAUGUUUCAUUAGAAUUGUUGGGUACUGGAAUUUACCCUGCAGUAAGUCUCUUGAACCACUCCUGCAAUCCAACAUGUGCAGCAUUUUACUAUGGUAAGACAAUAGUUAUAAGAGCAUUAAAGUAUAUCCCUGCUGGCACUCCAAUAACUUUAAAUUAUUUAUUAAUUAUGAAAAAUGUUAAUGUAAAGAUAAGGUGGAGGGUCUUGAGAGAAGCAUUUAACUUCACUUGCACUUGUGAAGCUUGUGAAAACAACUGGCCAACUCAGGAGGAAUUGCCACCAAUUCUAUUCCUAAAAUGUGUUAAAUGUAACAAGGCCAUAAACUUACAAACAAGGAAAUGCUUAGAAUGCCAGUUAAACUAUGAUGAGCCAGAGCUAGUGGCAGGUAGACAGAGAGCAACUCCUUAUAACUUCAACCACAUCAGCAUAAAGAUCACAAAGGCUAAAAAUGAUUUUGGGAAUGCCAAGAAAAAUAUCUUGCAAAACCGCAUCGUAACAGAUGAAUGGCUGAAUGCAGUUAGGUUGCUGAUAAAGCUUUUGUGUAAGUAUGUCACGCAGCCAUGUCGUCUUCUCUGUGAUGCAGAAACAAUUCUGACGGUUUGCCUCUUAAGACGUAGUUCAUGUUUGUAUGUCAGAGAUCAUGUUACACAUGAGUGUCCUGUCUCGUAAACUCUUACAAGAUUCUACUUGUUCAAGAAUGGGGCUUUAAAAUACUGGUUUACUCUACUGUGCUGACUUUGAACUGAUGUUUCCACCAGAAUAUUAAUUACUGUAUAUGUUUUGCCAGCAUCAUGAGCACUACUGUCUCCUCUCACUGUGUUUACUGCACAACAUUCAACUCUAAACAUAAAUGAUGUUUGUGGUAACGAGUGUGUGGAACAUCAAGAUUUUCACUCAAUACAAUAUCUUAAUGCUUUUUGUAAAGAGAGAGGUACAGUACACUGUAUUAGAUGUUUGUGUUUUAAUUAUAUACUUUUUUCUUUAUGAUAUUUGGUAACCUGUAGUGUUUGGUCCAUAAUUUUAAUACAAUACAAGAGUUUGUGAAUACAGUACAGUACUUCUAGUAACUAAAAUAAUAUGAAAUAUAUAUAAGUACUGUAAACUAAUAUGCAAGAUUAUUUCAAAUAAAUGUUGACUCUUUUAGAGGAACUACAGUGCUGUACCUUAUUGACUUUUGGCUCACAGAGUUGAGGAUGGAGGUUCUCUGUGGUUUUGCCAGCCAAAUGUUCUUCCCUGAAGUUUGUGGCAGUUUUCUACCUUACGGACUGGGUAUUAGUCUUUGGCCAUUAGUAUUUUUGUAUAGUGUGGCCGACAGAGUAUUUUCUUGUAAACUUUGUACUGUACCUUCACUGGACCUCUUAGGGUACAUUAAACCCAAUUGAUUGUGAUUGAUUAAUAACAGGUCGGAGGUUUACUGUAGGUGAUUGUAUUAAUGAAAAUACAACAUAUUAUACAUUGUUGGCAAGUCACCCCACUCAACCUCAUUGUGUCAUAUGCUAAAGACAAAACAAAGUUAAUGAUUGGAAAAUUUGAGCCAAUUAUUGACUCCAAUAAUUUUUUCCUUGUUUAUUUUAUUAUGAUUAAUACUGCUGUAUCUGGAAGGGACAUACAUACAUCCCUUCUUUAAUAUUAGAAGUUUAUAGUUAUUUCAUACUGUAGUUCCUUUAAUAAAUGUUUUGCAUUAAA